AUGUUAGCCUGGUUCGUCAUGACAAAAAUUGAUCUGUCACCAAAUCGAUUACUGCAUGUUCGAAAUGAUCUAGGUUUGUUUAAUAUUAUCAAUCUUACCGAUUGUUAUGAUAUUGUGAAACCAUUUUUCAAUUUUGUUUGUAAUAAUAAAUCAUUCAACUAUCGGCAAUUAUCAAUUCAAUCAGAUCAGCAUAUUUGUUAUCAGUUAUAUUCAAAAACUAAAAAACUUAAUUUAUUUUCUCGUAUACAUAACGACUUAGAACCAUUCAAAAAUCGAAAAAUUCUAUUAAAAGAUAUUGAAAAUAUAUCAAAUUCUUGUGUUAGUUGUCAUCAUAUUCAAAUUAUUCAAAAUAAACUUUAUAUUGUUCCAAGAUCUACAGCAUCCAACUAUGAAACACGUAGUCGCAGUAUAAAAUUAUUAAUCAAACAUAUGAUGGAUACUUUUUCAGAUAUUCCUGAUCUUGAUCUUUUCUUUGACGUUGGAGACGUAGUUGAGUUACCUAAAGGGUUCAAUGAUGUACUUUUUAAUGUACCAAUUUUUGCCUUUACAAAAAGUAAUACAAAGAAAAUAGGCUUACGACCAGAUGCAAUAGUUUUAAUGCCAUGUUUUACAUUAUGGGGCUGGCCCGAAGCACGUGCUGGUCGAUGGUCGAAAGUUUUUCAGUCUAUAUUGAAUGCAUCACGCCAAAUAGAUUAUGAAAAACGAAUACCAAAAUUAUUCUGGCGUGGAGGCGACAUGUGGAAAAGAACUUGGUAUAUUAAUACAGCAAAGCAGUAUCGAAAUACUACAGAUAUAGCAGCGAUGAAUUGGGUUAGAACUAUCGUUGAUGUAUCUUUAUCAGUUUCGAAUACCUAUGCUACACUGGAACAACAUUGUAAUUAUAAACAUUUAUUACAUCUAGAAGGUAAUACAUAUUCGUCUAGACUGAAAUACCUUUUACUUUGUGGUUCUUCCGUCGUGUAUGAUCCUGUUGAACGAUGGGAGGAAUAUUGGUAUCAUCUUUUGAAAAAUGGUAAAAAUGUAAUAUUUGUGGAACGAAUAAACAAUGAAAUAGCGUUUAAUAAAACGUUUCAAUUCUUACAGAAUCAUGAGAAUGUAACUAAAGAAAUAGGUAAACAAGGACAACAGUUAGUGCAAAAUUACUUGAAUGAACAUGCUGUAAGUUGUUAUUGGCGGAAUUUAUUGCAUGAAUACACUAAGUUAUUCGAAUAUAAACCUACUUUACAUCCGAAUGCUAUUUAUAUUGACGACUUUAUACUUUCAAAUAUACCUUAA